AUGGCGGCGUCGGUUGUCACCAUCCUGAAGUACGCCGAGGAGAGGCAAACAACCUCACCACCAGCGAUUCCGAAGGGGGAGCAGCCAACCCAGCCACCGUCGCAAGACGCCGUAGCCACUCCCCCGGAGGAGCCCUCGAAGAUGCCGCGGUUUUUUUCAUUCGACAAAAUCAAAAGUUUGACGGGGAUCGGAACCGACAUAGGGGCAAUGGCAGUGUCCGCUAUCGCCAUCUUGGAGUACCGGGAGAGGAGAAAAGCGACAUCUACACCAGCCAUUCCAAAGGUGGAGCCGCCAAAUCGGCCACCGUCGCAAGACGCCGUGGCCACUCCCUCGGCGGAGCCCUCGAGUGCGGCUGCACCGAAGCGUUGA